UCCCUGCAGGCCGCUCCAGCGCGAGCUGCCACGUCACCCGGUGCUCGUCACUGAGUGAUUCGGAAACAGCAAAGAUGGCUGCGUCCAUCCGAGAGAAACAGACAGCUGCUUUGAGGCGGAUGCUCAACUUUAAUGCUCCUCCUUUGAAAAACAGCGCUGCUGAGCCGGUAUGGAAGGUGCUCAUCUACGACAGGUUUGGUCAGGAUAUCAUCUCACCUCUGCUGUCAGUCAAAGAGCUCAGAGACAUGGGGAUCACACUGCACCUCCUCCUGCAUUCAGAUCGAGACCCAAUUCCUGACGUUCCUGCGAUUUAUUUUGUCAUGCCCACUGAGGAGAACGUUGACAGAAUAUGUCAGGAUUUAAGGAACCAGCUCUAUGAGUCUUACUACUUGAACUUCAUUUCUGCAAUAUCAAGAAGUAAAUUAGAAGAUAUUGCGGGUGCUGCCCUGGGGGCUAAUGCUGUAAGCCAAGUUACAAAGGUGUUUGAUCAGUAUUUGAACUUCAUUACACUGGAAGAUGACAUGUUUGUUCUUUGCAACCAGAAUAAAGAGCUCAUCUCCUACCAUGCCAUUAACAAGCCAGACAUCAUGGACACGGAAAUGGAUGCCAUAAUGGACACAAUAGUUGACAGUCUUUUCUGUUUCUUUGUGACACUGGGUGCUGUCCCAAUAAUAAGAUGUCCACGGGGAAAUGCAGCAGAAAUGGUAGCUGUGAAACUGGACAAGAAACUUCGUGAAAACCUGAGAGAUGCCCGCAACAGCCUGUUUACUGGAGACACAAUGGGAGCUGGACAAUUCAGCUUUCAAAGACCAUUAUUUGUCCUUGCUGAUCGAAAUCUCGAUUUGGCAACGCCACUCCACCACACUUGGACAUAUCAAGCCCUCAUACACGACGUUCUGGACUUCCACCUGAACAGGGUGAACUUGGAGGAGUCCUCAGGGCCCGAGGCCUCCCCGUCAGGCGCUAGACCAAAGAAGAAAAACAAGAAAAGCUAUGACCUGACUGCAGCUGACAGGUUCUGGCAGAAGCACAAGGGCAGUCCUUUCCCAGAAGUAGCUGAAUCCGUACAGCAAGAGCUGGACACCUACAGGGCCCAAGAAGAUGAGGUCAAACGUCUUAAGAGCAUCAUGGGCUUAGAAGGAGAGGAUGAAGGAGCAAUAAGUAUGCUGUCUGAUAACACUGCGAAACUCACUUCUGCAGUUAGUUCGCUACCUGAGUUGUUGGAGAAAAAAAGACUGAUCGAUCUUCACACAAAUGUUGCUACGGCUGUAUUGGACAACAUUAAGACACGUAAGCUUGAUGUGUAUUUUGAGUAUGAAGAGAAGCUCAUGAGCAAAUCCACCCUAGACAAGUCUCUGCUGGAUAUGAUCAGUGAUCCAGAUGCUGGAACUCCUGAAGACAAAAUGAGGCUUUUCCUGAUCUACUACAUCACAUCCCAGCAGCCUCCCACAGAGACUGAUCUGGAACAGUACAAGAGGGCUCUGACAGAUGCUGGAUGCAACCUUGCUCCACUAAACUACAUCAAGCAGUGGAAAGCGUUUACCAAGAUGGCUGCCACACCCGCUAGUUAUGGGAACAGUGGAACUAAACCAAUGGGCCUAAUUUCAAGGGUAAUGAAUACAGGCUCCCAGUUCGUCAUGGAAGGGGUGAAAAAUUUAGUCCUGAAGCAGCAUAACCUGCCAGUGGCUCGCAUUCUGGAUAACCUAAUGGACAUGAAAUGCAAUCCUGAAACAGAUGACUACAGAUAUUUUGACCCAAAAAUGCUGCGUGGCAGUGAAAGUUCAAUCCCAAGAAACAAGAAUCCAUUCCAGGAGGCAAUUGUGUUUGUGGUCGGUGGAGGAAAUUAUAUUGAAUAUCAAAAUCUUGUUGACUAUGCCAAGACUAAGCCAGGCAAACGUGUGAUGUAUGGCUGCAGCGAGCUCUUCAACGCCUCCCAGUUUCUUAAACAGUUAUCUCAACUUGGGCAGAAAUAGGAACAGUAUCUCGGCGCCUUUCCCAGUGUUCACUGAAUUCUGAACACACCAGACUACUGUCAACAUCAUGCCACAGUAUCCUAGAACUCCCCUGUAGGACCUGAGUUGAUGGUAUUCCUCUUAUUUGAUCAUAUUUAAUAAACUUUGCUAUUUUAAAUGCUUUGCUUACUUCCAUUUCUGUAUACUGUACAUGAAGCAAUUAAAGUUUAUUAACAGCCAUACAAAGCUUUGCCUUCUAGUUU